AACAGAAACAGAAAAAAAGAGGAAGGCGAAAGAGAGCGUGGGUGAAGGAGCCGCCUCAUUGAGAUUCCAAAACCCAAAGAAACUAGGACUCUAUCUGAGGCAGGUAGCACGUGUUUGGAAGGCAAUGGAUACCCAGGCGGAUGAGCUUCUGGUCGAAUAUGGCUUGAAGGAGGAGAAAGGAAAAGAGAAGGCUGUGUACGGCCCUCCGCUUCAUAUUCGUCGAACACUAGAUCAGGCAUACUUCAUGACUUUAAAGGAUACCUCGAAGCGUGACCGCGACCAAGUCGUGUACCGAGCAACAAAGACGCCUUGGUUCAAGGCGGGAGGCGUCACCCGCGUCAUGAUGGUCGACCAACUAUGGCUAUGGAUAUUGGAUGAUUAUACUAUCAUCACCGCCUUUCCGAGGCGUUGGGGGCGGAACAAACCCGAUUCUUCUGGAAUUCACAAGAGCCUUCGAGAAAGGUUAGCCACUGUUGAUACGGAAAUCCUUUCUGUCUGGCAUCUCGCACUGCUCAUCAUUGACCAAUGUUCGAGGGUCUUCUUUGACCGCACCAUUCCCUUGGACCUGCGGCCAGAGGUUAUGGACAUCUUUGCGGAAGCCAUUGGAAAUGUGAAUGACCGCACAACCAGGACUUUUGAGGCCUUCUGGGAGGCCAUGAAGAAGAUGACCCAAGAAAGGGAUACCUGGAAAAAUUGCCUCAACAUCCACCCAGCAGGCAUGCUAUUCCGCGAAGCUCAAGAUAUUGCUGAAGAACUUCGAAUCAUGAUUAUCAUAUAUUCGCAGCAGAUUGACGUCAUGAAAGAUUUUCACAAGCACCUGGGUAAAUUCUCGCAGAACGGCUUCCACGGCGAUGCAUCAGAAUCAGCUGGUCUAAUUUCCCCGGAAGAAAUGGAACAUGUGAACGAAACUAUUGAGAAGAUGAAUAACCGGCAGUUUGAGAUUGAAGAGAUGGAGAGAGCAGCCAGAAGGACUUCCGACGAUUUGAAAGAGAUCUUGGCAUUGAAGCAGCAGCAGGCAAGUAUCAUUGAGGCUAAGUUGGCCUUGACCAGAUCCGACGAGAGCAUACGACAGGGCCAGGCUGUCAUGGCAUUCACCAUUAUGACAGUCAUCUUCUUACCACUUGGCUUUUUCACGUCUUUCUUCGGCAUGAACAACUCACUUACCGGAGCGGAUUGGAUGACACUUGGCCAGCAGUGCUUAUAUAUGUUCCCUCUUUCCAUACUGUUCACAGCAAUAGGUCUCGCCAUUGUCUUCAGACGCCUUCACAAUCCUGGAAAGCCAUGGAACAGUAGACCCUACUCCCUGUCUUACAAAGGGCCGAGCCAAGUUCUUCCCCCAUCACCGGUGCGGGAUGAAGGGAGAAGCUUACUUGACUUACAGAGAGAGAUGGGUCGAUACAGGAUCGGAGUUCAAGGUCUCUUCAGGAGACGCAACGCUUCCUCUCCGGAGGGAAAGCAGACGGUAUGAUGACAUGAGAUGAGAAAGACUGGAAUGGGAAUUUUGAAGGAUAGUUUUGGGAGAAGAGAAAGUAUUGGCGGGGCUUUUGUGUCUUACUAUUACCAACGCAAAUUAUCUCUCUAUUCCUACGU